AUGCAGCUCAGCUCUCCUCGGCGUUCAAGAAACGAGGAUACAUCCAACAGUCAGGAUGAAAGUUUAGCCAACACGCAGCCAUCCGCUGGUAUCCAUGGAGAAGGAAAGAAGGUUUCUAAACGUAAAAGAGGAUGUUUGAUAACGUCAAAUGCAUGCAACAGUUGUAAAAGAGCCCGAUCAAAGUGUAAUGGCGAGCAGCCUUGCAGUCGUUGUAUCAAAAGAUUCCAAGCUGGAGAAUGCUUCUAUGGAACUCAUACCAAAAUUGUAAAGGAGAAACUGGUCGAAUCCCUCAAAGAGAGCCAUGCAAUCAACCGUAUGGCAGAACGGGUGUUUGAAAGCCUCGCAGUAGCGGAUGAUGAACGCAAAAUCCUCAAUCGGAUAAGGAACAGGGACUCUAUUCAAGAUAUAGCACAAUGGCUAGAAACCACUGUCGAUGUCAAAGAGCAGCUAUCUACGUUACGAAUUGUUGACAAUGAAGUUGAUGGUCUAGAUACAUCAGGUUUCCAUUGGACAACAGUAACAGCAGAUAAAGAUGUUCUUCAUCACUUAUUCUCCUUGUAUUUUACUUGGGUUCACCCUUCUCAUUCCUUAUUCAAUGAGCAGCAUUUUGUGAAUAGCAUGCAGAAUAAUUCCAAUGAAUUCUGCUCGCCCCUUCUGUUCAAUGCUAUCUGCACAAUGGCAUGCUAUUUGCAUACAAUUUUGGAAGGCGACAAGACGAAUUACAAGGAGCUAGGCCAGAGAUUUGCUGAUGUGGUAAAGCACAAUAUCGAUGCCGAAGACAUGAGUCUCAUGACUAUACAGGCUUUUGCAAUUCUCUUCUUGAUAGACUGUGCACAAGGAUAUGGAAUGCAUGCUUCAGCAUACUUGGAAGUCGCAAGUAACUCAUUAAUGAAUUUGGAACAUAUCGGCCUUGGCAGUGAGGCGUACCGGCAAGUUUGGCGUGACACCGUCGUUGGCAUUAAUAACUUAAAUAUUGAGUGGGCUCAGGUAACUUUUAGGAUGCCAGCGGCUCUCAUUGUAGAGGUUCCUGCAACGAAAUCCAUUGAAGAAAUCCAAAAAAACGAAGCCGAGAUUGAUAGUAUGAUAUGGGGAAUGUAUAGAUACCCCAAGGAUGAUGAUACCGUCACGAAUUGCCACUGCCUCAUUGCAACAACCAAUCGAGAGAAAAUGAAUCUUAUGGCCAUAAUUCGGACUACUAAUAUUCUAAUGUAUAAUACCGACAGCUCUCGAAUAGUGGCCUCAGAAAUUCUGCAUCUCUAUGGCAAAUUGGUAGCUUGGCGUGAAUUUCUGCCAAGCAUCAUCAGUAAGACAGAUAACAAAGACACUCAUAUAUUGCCACAUGUGCUUUCGCUUCAUUUGUUAUACGCUACAGCUGUUGUCCAGCUCCUCUAUCCGCUUCUGGACCUCGGACUGUUCGAUACCUCUUGUCUAAGUACAAUCGUUUGGCAACACGCACAACAAGGUCUUGCUGUCGUUGAUAGCUAUCGUGCUCACUAUAGUUGUGCCUAUCAGCCUGUCUUACAAGUAUUCGCUAUACUGAACCUGACAGAUGUCAUUGUUCGAUUUUUCCCCAAAAUCAAUAGAGAACUGGGAAAAGAUGAUGAAGAAGCUGUUAAACUUGCUACAGAGGUAUUGGAGCAAUCUCUGUUAACUUUCCCUGUAGCUGCAAUAUUUAGGGAAAAGUUUCGGGAAAUCACCAAGAAGAUCUUGUUUCCUUGGCCAAGCAAUCUGGAUAAUCUCUUAUAUCACAAGAGAAGUAAAUCAAGGUCCCUUUUGGACGGAGUCAUUGAUGCUUGUACCAGGACCACCUAUAUUCAGCCUAUCAAUUCUAUACAGAAAAGAUUUGCGACAGGCAUACAAUCGAACUGGUCGAUGUUAUCCUCCGGAUUAGGCUUUGCAGGGCCUUCUCAAAAUGCUUCUACACUGCAACAGCCGCUUGACAAAAGAGCUAUGCAAAGCCUUCAUUAUGUACUUGAUUUCCCAAUCAAGGGAUUAAGCAAGCCAUGA